AUGGAGAUGGAGGAAGGGGACGCAGAGGGGGAAGGGCCCAUGGUGGUCAGAGAGGGGACGAGCGGUCACGGCCUCCAGCAGGACGACAACAGUGGCACGACUACCACGACCACAACCACCAACCUCUUGGCUUCUGUUAAAGAGCAGGAGCUACAGUUCGAGCGGCUGACUCGAGAGCUGGAGGAGGAGCGGCAGAUUGUGGCGAGCCAACUGGAGAGGUGCAUGCUGGGAGCUGAGUCACCAGGGGGAGACAGUAGCAGCUCAUCUGAGAAGUCGUAUGCAUGGAGGUCUGCAGGUGGAGAGUCACAGGUUGGAGCCAUGGAGGCGUCUGGACGUCACAUGGAGGCAGAGGACGGACUUUUCCUGCCUGAACCGGACCGCGCUUCCCUGCAUGACAGUGAGGGUUCUGGAGGUCUGUCGGCCCACAUGACCUCGUAUUCAGACAGCGGCUACCAGGACAGCAGUGUUAGCUACUACAGCAACCAGAACGUGGUGCGAUCAGAGCCCCGAGCAUCCAUAUCCAGAAGCCCAAGAGCUGAAGGUCAAGCCUCGGGGCAGGUGUCUGGUCGGAUGCUACGCAGGAUGGCCUCCCUCCCCUCCAGGAGUCAGUCUCCGGGUUGCGGCACUGCCGGCACCGUCUCGCCUUCCCGCAUCUCCCUGCGAACAUCCCAGGGCAGUACCUACGACUCGCCCAUCCUCUCUGAGCCGAAACCUCUUGCUGCCGUUUUCCCCGGCACCUCCAUGCCGCCUUCCUGCCCUUCACCGACCUCCCCAACUGACGGCACACAGGCCCUGGGCGGGGGCGGUGGCGGAGUAGGAAAUAUCGGAGCAGGAGGAGGUCGUCUUGGCUCCACGCUCUCGCUGGUGGAGGGGCGGGGUCUGACAGGGUCACCGCUGCGUUCGGGGAUGACGGCCGUGCCGCAGCAUUACGGCUCCACGCUGCCGAGGCAGAGUCAGCCGCUGGCGUACGGGGCGGAUCCGUACGGCCUGUACCAGAGGAGCGCACUGCCCCGCCCAGACUCUCUCAUAGGGCUUCACAGCUCGUAUGCCGGUCACUCUGGGCAGAUCGAUCCCGAGCUGAGGGCGGCGUUGUCUCCAGACUGCCAUAUGACGCCUGUUUUUGAUGAGCGCUCCUUCCACAGCCCGCUGUACCACAGCCCCACCCACGAACCCCAGGGAGCCCUCUACAGGCCAAACACAGGUAUGGGCACCCUCCCUCGGGCGACGAGUCACUGCAGCACGCUGCCCUACCAAAGAAGCAGCAGCUACGGGCUGAGCACCGCUGCUCUCUACGUCGACCCCUACAGGGUGUCUGGUGAGCCCGUUUUCUCCCACCGGCACUCGGGGCUGGUGGACCGGGUCGGCACACGGACCCCAUCCAUGGAGAGCAUCCAUAAAGACCCCAGGGAGUUUGCUUGGCGAGACCCCGAGCUGCCGGAGGUCAUCCACAUGCUGCAGCAUCACUUCCCCUCCGUCCAGGCCAACGCCGCCGCCUACCUGCAGCACCUGUGCUACGGAGACAACCGGGUCAAGGUGGAGGUGUGUCAUUUGGGAGGGAUCCAGUUCCUGGUGGAUCUGCUGGACCACAAGGUGGCCGAGGUUCAGAAGAGCGCCUGUGGCGCCCUGAGGAACCUGGUGUAUGGCAAAGCCACGGACAACAACAAGGUGGCGCUGAGGAACUGCGGUGGCGUUCCCGCUCUUCUACGGCUCCUCAGGAAGACGACGGACAACGAAGUGAGAGAACUCGUCACAGGCGUCCUGUGGAACCUCUCGUCCUGUGACGCCGUGAAGAUGACCAUCAUCCGCGACGCUCUCUCCACUCUCACCAACACGGUUGUCAUCCCGCACUCAGGCUGGAGCAGCACCUCGCACCGCGAUGAGCACAAAGUCAAGUUCCAGUCGUCGCUGCUUUUGCGAAACACCACCGGCUGCCUGAGGAACCUGAGCUCAGCAGGGGAGGAGGCGAGGAGUCAGCUGCGCUGCUGUGAAGGUCUGGUCGACUCGCUGCUUCACGUGCUCAAAGCCUGCGUCAACACCUCUGACUACGACAGCAAGAUCGUGGAGAACAGCGUGUGCACUCUGAGGAACCUCUCGUACCGCCUUGAGGUGGAGAUGCCCUCCUCCCGUCUCCUUGGAAACCAGGAGCUGGACACCCUUCUGGGCUUCUCCUCGCCCGCCAAGGAGCUGGACUACCUCUGCUGGGGCAAGAGGAGGAGGGGCAGGAAGAGGGGAGGCUGGCCCGAUGACAAGUGGGACGGCGUGGGGCCUAUCCCAGGGUUCUCUCAGCCUCUGAGGGGAGCAGAGCUCCUGUGGCACCCGCUGGUGGUGAAGCCGUACCUCAACCUGCUUGCUGAGAGCUCAAACCCCGCCACGCUGGAGGGCGCCGCCGGCUCGCUGCAGAACCUCUCUGCUGGGAACUGGAAGUUUUCUGCCUACAUCCGGGCAGCAGUGCGUAAGGAGAAAGGUCUGCCCAUCCUGGUGGAGCUGCUGAGGAUGGACAAUGACCGGGUCGUCUGCUCCGUCGCCACAGCGCUCCGAAACAUGUCGCUGGAUGGCCGCAACAAGGAGCUGAUAGGAAAAUACGCCAUGAGGGAUCUGGUGAACCGGCUCCCCGGCAGCAGUCCCUCUGUGCUGUCGGACGACACAGUGGCGUCGGUGUGCUGCACGCUGCACGAAGUCACGAGCCGCAACAUGGAGAAUGCCAAAGCUUUAGCGGACAGCGGAGGCAUCGAGAAGCUGGUGGACAUCAGCAAAGGACGAGGGAAAGGGUAUUCGAUGAAGGUAGUGAAGGCAGCUGCUCAGGUGUUGAACACGCUGUGGCAGUACAGAGAGCUGAGAACACUCUACAAACAGGACGGCUGGAAUUACACCCACUUCGUCACCCCCGUCUCGACCUUGGAGCGAGACCGCUACCUUUCACAGCCAACGCUGCCCACCAGCCCGCUGCAGAUGUCCCCUGUCAUCCAAUCAGGUGAGAGAACCGGCGGUAGUGCGACCUCGUCUCCGGCGAUGCUGGGGAUCAGAAGGCACAGCUCGAACUAUCAGAGGGCGCAGUCAUCUAUGCAACUCGACACGUAUUAUGGAGACAACAGUUUACACAAACGGCAGUACACAGGGUCUGAGAAGAAAACUCCGUAUUUCAUUGGGACAUAUUCUUCUCAGUCAGGAGAGGAUUUGAGAAGGUCCCAGCACACAGAGCCAUUUUACGAUGAGCCCGACAGGAAGAACUACAACAGCUACAGAAUGUACCUGUCGUCCCCUCAAGGCUACGGAGACGAGCACUACGAGGACGAGCCGGUCCACCUGACCCCGUCCUCCCCUGACGGCUAUGCCACUCAGUCGCUCCGAUUCAAAGCCAACACCAACUACGUGGACUUCUACUCGACCACGCGGAGGCCUUCAAACAGGGCGAACAAGUUCACCGGCUCCCCCGACUCCUGGGUGUAGAGACGCGGCCAUCGCGGGCGCCGCGUACGUCCAGCUCCGUGUGUUUCUGUGGGCGUUUGUGACGCGAGCGUGUGUGGGUAUGAGUGGGUGAGGACGCAUGUGGAUGUGUGUGCAUCUGUGUGUAAACUGUGAAUGAGCAGGGCUCGGUCUGCUACACGCCACUUUGACUGAGCUACAUCAUAGCCACUAUAAUGCAGAUAAAUCUGUAAAUUAGAUGCUCCUCUUUGGUUUAUUUUUUAAAGCUGGAGCUCACCUGUCACUGUAGAAGAGUUUAAAAUGUCACAACAAGGUGCUAAUUGAACUGCCAUAGACCACUAGAGGGCAGAAAACUCCCAACUCCCAACUCAGGUGCUAAAACAAUAGAUGUAUCACUGAUACCUGGAACAAGAAAAGCUAUAUACAUGAACAACUCUGUCAAAACACAACCAUUUCUGUUCAAAUUAACAUUUUGUUUGUGCUGAAAAAGCAUCUUAAAAGAAGAAGGAAUCAAAAAAUUUAGUCUGUUAGAGGAGUUUGACCUUCUAAAAAUGAAUAUAUUUCCUUGGAGCCUGUCCUCCUUGUUUCUAAGAUGAGUUGAGCUGCACCUCUGAUGAUCGCUGAGACUCCUUGGGGGUCCCAGUACCCAAGUUUGGAACCAGAAGUCUAGAUCAGUGGUUCCCAACAUUAUCCCCCUACUUAUACCAAAGAAGGGGGAUAAUGUCGACUCCUAUCUCAGCGCCAAACUGUUCCAUUUUAACAUCAAUUUUACUUGUUUUCAUUGAUUAAACCCAACGUAACAGUCCUAAACACAUUUCGCUCCCUACAAAGACCACUGUCUAAUCUAUUUAGUGUGUGACCCGUGACCCGUAAUGUCCGGCCUGAGGGUCAGGAAAUGGAGGACAGCCAUAAGGAAUGAAUGGGAACGGAGGAAAGUUAGUACUUCAUGUCCUAAAUGGAUUUGUACGCAGCACUUAUCAGAAAAUUACUACAAAAACUAUCACAAACUUGGAGUACGAUCCUACUAGGUCUCAUAGAACUCCAACUCCAAGUGUCUAGUGUCAUCUAGACCAGUGGUUCUCAACUGGUAUGGCAUCCUUACAAAAAAUCGCGACCCAAAUUAUUCAGGAUUUUUAGGCCUGUAGUCAACCAAAGAAAAACUUGGUCGACCAAAAUUGCACCCAGGCACCAACCGGUCGAUUGGUCGUUCAGGUAAUGGAUUAAACUGGUCUUUGUUGGGGACAAAGCUUUCCGACCAAACACUCGACCAAUCAAAUGGAAGCUGUCAGCCCUAAAAAUUUACAACCAUUUGAAUGUAAUUAAUGAAAAAUGUUUAAAAAAGCACACCAUUACAGAAAGACAAGAAAGCAUGCAUUUUAAUUGACUCAAUUUUUGUAAAGAUAGCACACAAAUUUAGCAAUUUCUCAAGGAAUUUCCUAAUUAUUUUGGGUAAGCCAGCUUUGUUCUCCAGGAAAAGGAGAUAAAUAAAUUUAUCUGUCACCGCAAAAAAAAAAAAUCUAAAAAAAUUUGUUGAUGUUCUGUAUGUCUAAUUAGGGCUUUAAUACAUAAAUUUUUUUCCCGGCACUCAUUUGGGACCUGCUGAAAAUAGCUUUGCGAUCCACUUUUGGGUCCUGACCAACCAGUUGAAAACCACUGAUCAAGUCAGAUGAAGGGAGACAGUCUGGAAGAGCUAAGAGCCCAGAUGAGCUCCUUUAAAAUAUUAAAAAAUCCUUAUUUUGUCACAAACAUGCUCCUAAUUUACUGUUUAAACCUUGUGGGGAAGCGAUUGAGUAAUGAUGUUCAAUGAAACAGAUAUUUAAUGUCAGCCACAGUAGCUAGCUCCCAUUUGAGUGCGAGUUUCCUUUCCUCCGUCCUUUAUCAUUACUCAUUUCCAAUUCAAAAUGCCAAGACACGGGUAAAAUCCUCUUGACUUAUGAAUUAAAACAAGUGCUUUUUGAUAAUUUAAAAAAAUCUACAUUUUAAAAAUUACAAAUGACAUAAUGCUGUAUUUCCACAUCAAAAGCUAGAUGGAGAACAAGCGAUCUUUACCUCUUAAUACCAAACCUGUCAUAUAACAGACUUUGCAUUAGCUCCAUUUGAAGGCCGUACAUGGCAGAGGAUAAAUAAGGAUAAAUAAGGCCAAAUGUGACUUUAACUAGCUUGUAGAAUCAUGGCAUUCAUCAAAGCAUGAGUAAAAUAAAGCAGACUUUUUCUAAAUAAUUGUAGUGAUAUUUAAAUACAGUAAACAGUGGAUAAUGUCAGCCCUAUCCCUAUGCAGACAUUUGCCAGCUUUAUCUGCAUUAUUCUGCACAAACAUGUCGAGUCUCUGACCGUCACAAAGAUGAGCUCAGUCAAAAUUUGCGUUUUGAGGAAAAAAAAAAAUCUGCCCUGACAUUGUUGUUCACCAGAGUGUUUGUUAAGGUCAACUGAUUUCAUUUUCUCUGCAGUUAAAGUGUGCGGUGUGUUGGCUUUAAGACAUAAAUAUUGUUCGCCAGCAUCUUCAUCAACACGGGAGAACGCUGUAAAAAGACAAAACCUGGGACAAAUGGCUCAAAUACACCACUGAACAGAGUCAAGUCUCUCUGAACUUUGUUUGCGAAUAUUUGUCCCAGGUUUAAUGAGAAACUCACCUUAAAGAGAACCUUUAAAGACUCAGAGAACCGGGGUUACUCCUGUAACUCUUUGCUUUUCUGUCUGUUGGCCAAAAAGUGCAGUAUAUCAUAAAACCGUGUGAAAUAUGUGACAAAAACAUGUGAAAAUCUAUUUGUACAGAUGCAAUGGUUAAAGCGUCCUGUUACAUUGUUGUACUCGAUAUGUAGAACUUUCUAUGUGAUUGUGUGGAGAAGAUUUUUUAUUAUUUAUUGAUUAUUUUUAUUAAUUUAACUUGUGACCUGACCAAAAUACCCCAUCUGUCUGUGUCCAAAACUGAUGAUGACGAUGUGCAAUGUUACAGAGGGAAAUAUGUAUAGGGAUUAAAGAUUAUA